UGACACUGAGUGAACCUGCCAGGGCAAAGGCUGGGACACCAUGUACGGCAGGGGGUCCUCUUCUCGUGCAAACCGUACCCCUAUCUGAAAGAGAACAGGAGAAUGUGAGGGCCAGACGGUGAAUCAUAAGCAACCUCAUCAUUUGUUAGCCUCGUGUUCAGAUGCUUUCCUCAGUCCCGCUGAUGGAAAGACAGCAACAGCAAUCAAGAAAUGCAACAAAGUGCUGCCCAGGGGAAGGAAAAUGGCACACAGUGCUGAGCAUGUCCACCCACAGGGGUUUCUCAGGGUUCCAGUCAACUCUCCACAAAUGUAAACUUCAUUCUGAGACAAGAGACGCUCAGCUGGAUUUGCCAUGUCAGUAAAGCUUUCUAAGAGGCUGAGCAGCAAGAAAAAAAAACCUCCAAAAGACAAUGCCCAAGCAGAAGUUCUAUAUAACCUGGGCCUUGAUGCCUUCUGGAAUGCACCACUGGACCCAGCAUCUCUGUUGGACAUAAGCACUUGGACCCUGGAGAACCAAGCUCCUAUAGAGCCCAAAGAUCUACCAAAUUCUUUCCUCAGACGACUUUGGCUACUUAGUCCAGAUGCAAGAAGUCCUUCCUGCAGAUCUCCAAGUGAUGUUCUGACUAAUCUCAACAAAUCAUCCGAAGUAAUCAAUGGUUUUGGGGAAGAAAGUGAGUGUGUCAUCAACCCCCUUGAUCUAGUUACAGCUGUCUUUAUGUCUGCCAACACCUUCCUUCAGCAGGAGAUGGCUAUGCACAUGGUGCAGUGCCAGUUUGCUCUGCCCCUGGUCCUUCCAAGUACAGAUCCAGCAGAACCUAGUUGCUUUCUUCUUUGGCCUUUGAGAGGUGUUGUGAGCCAAUGGACAUCUCACAUUCUGGAAGAAAUCAGGAAGGUUCAAGAGGGGAGUUUGGCAAGUACAUACAUGCCGAUGGUUUCUUGUGUGAAGCUUGGUCACUGUGGUGUCUCCAAGUCACAGGUGCUCAACCACAUUAUAAAUGGACUCAAACCUUGCAAUGAAACAUUUCUACACCGGGGAAUGGAUGGAGGACAGCUGCCUCGAAGACUCGCCAAUGGCCUGGUAGAGAUUGGAUGGUAUCUACCCACUGGAGACACUGCCAGAGAUCAUUUCCCUGUCCCUGUGGUCAUCUCUAACCUACGUGGUGAUGCAGGAACACAUGAGAAAUGCCUUAGCCUUCUAUGCCAAGCUUCUUCAGCUGUGAUUGUUUUCUGUGGGAAUCUUAGGGAGAAAGAAAAACAAAUUCUUGCUUCUUGCAAAGACAAGGCAUGCAAGCUCAUACUGAUUGAUGUUUCAGACACUGAGAAAAAUGAGAACAGUGUUGUUGGGUUUGUUGGUUUGAACCUUGAAGAAGACAUGGGACUACCUGAAGGGUCAGUGCUACAAGGGAAAGAUUUGAGUGAGGAGGAACUGGCUAAUAGGCUGUGUGACACCAUGAAAGAUCUGUUACCAGAUAAAUUGAAACUUGUUACACUGGAGGAAGCAGCAAAGUUAGCAGUUGAGCUAGGCCUUAAUGUGGAUGAAGGGACAGUCUGUAAAAAGGCAAUGGCCACCGUGGAGAAAGUAUUAAAAGGAUUGGAUGAGGGAUCUGCUCAAUUCAGGGAGAAACAGCUUCCUUUACAGGGGCCUUGGUGGAGCAAACUGGCAGAAAUAGAAAAGGAUGAGAUUAAACAGAGAAAAGAAGGAAAAGAAAUUGACCCCCAAUUGCAAAAGGAAAAGAAAGACGUCUUGGUCGAGUUGAGGAGCUACAAAAUGACCCCAGCCAUGAAGAAUUUCACUCAUGCACUAUUCACAACAGACAAAGUGGAGAGGAGUUAUUUCAUUAAUUGGAUGAAACUGAGGCUUCAGUUGAAGCAAACUGAAAAACAAAACAGUCGACAAGAUGUAUUCACAAAUCUGCAGACAGAAAAAAAUGGCCCGCCUGAAUAUUGUGAUGUGAAAAAUGGAGCCAAUGAUGAUCUGGAGGACAGUGAUAGUUUCUGCACAGAUUUAACAUUUGAAGAGGAGCCUGUAGAUGCUGAACUGCAAGUUUCUGACCAACAUCGUGACAAUGGGCAAGAGAUGGAUCAUAUUUUUCACAAGUCUACAUGCAGUGAGGAUAUAGAGCCACAGUCCCAACAUGAUCCAGUCAUUGAGCUACAGUUAUAUAUGAUGUCAAAUGAACGCGAAAUUCAACAUGAAGAAAUAACUGAAAACAAUGUCUCAAAUGGACAAAAUGGAACCUUGAGCUGCCAAGAAAGACAGCAAUAUGAAGCAGAUUCAACUUUUUCUACCAAACAACGAAUGUGCCCAGAUGAUUCCAUUGAACCUCGGGUAGCCAUUAGUUCUCAGCCUUUUGAACCUGAACCAUCCGCGCUGGGGCUUGAGCAUUUUUUGCGUGAGAUGGGCCUAAUUUUUGAGCUAACACAAAUCAGACCCGGCAGUGGGAGCCAGAAUGUGUUGCGUCUUCCCAGCUUAGCUGCCGACCUGCUUCUUUACGGGGUUCCACUUGAACUAAUGGAUGGAGAUGCCUCUAAUAUUCCCAUCCGCUGGUUGGGCUGUGUUUUUGCAGAGCUCAAACGACGCCUUCCUCACAAACAAUGCAAGACCAGAGUGCUGACAAACCUUGGAGUACAUCAUGCAAGGAACGCUAAGGUUCUUUCUGCAUUAUUUGGGGUAAAAUUCCCUGAAGGAGGCAAAAGAACCACAAGAGGUGUGUACAUGGUUGCUCUUUGCCUACCUGAUACCCUUCGAAAGGACAUGGAGUGUGAUUUUCUGUUGUUAAUUGAUGUGGAAGGUCUCUGCUCAAUCUCUCAAGACAACAAAAUUAAUACUCAGAUCCAAGACAAUGAGAUGGCCACUGUUGCAACAGGGUUGAGCAAUGUUUUAAUGCAAAAUAUCUCUUCCCCUGCAAGUUCUGAGUUUGAAAAGGACUUCACUGUCAUAGUCAAUGCUCUUCUACGCAUAAAAGAAUGGGGAUCCAUGCCAAAUUGCCAACUUCUGAUCCAGGAUGAAGGAAUAGACAGCUUAUUACAAGCCUCACAGUUGAGGCGUGUUUCUGAGAUGCUUCAAACUGAGAUUUGGGACAGAGGAACUAACAAUGCUUAUAAGCAAAAUACUAAGACCACAAGCUGUAUCACUUGUGUAAAGGGGCCUUGGUCCAAUUCAUCCCUUUCUAAACCAGUUGAUACAAAGUUUAGCGAGGCUGUGUUAAUGCUUAAGAAAAACCUGUUUGGGGCAUUGAAGCAAUGUGCAGCUAGGUCGGCAGCCACAACUCUGCCAGAAUUUAUGAUCCGUUUGUGUGCAAUUUGGGAUGCGAUAAGAGAAGAAUCCUUCUCUGUUGGUAUGCAAAAUACUGAAAUAGCUUUAGCAUUCUCUAUGUUGUGCACAGAGCUUUCCCAGUGGGAGGCUAGUUUCCUGGAGAACAUGGAAAGCUGGCUUUUGGGGGCAGGAAAGAAAAUAUUUGCCACAAAGGAAAAGGCUUUAGAUGCAGCAAUUCAGAAGAACCUUCUAAUUGAAUUGAAGGAUGAAGCCAGAGAGGAGGUCAAAACAGAGGUGGACAAACUCAAGUCAAAAGUAGAGGCUCAUUUGAUGAAAGAUGACCUUUUCAAAGAGAGAACUGAAACAGUCAAGCCAAUCCUAAUGAGCAAAAUGGAUGACCUCCGAGAGCGAGUAACUGAAGAGACAAUACAAAGGUUGGCGACACUCAAUGAAAACCAUUGUUCGUCCAUACAGCUGCAAAAAUUUGAGACCUUACUGGAAACAGAACAAGAGUCCAAGCUACACGCACUGGUAGAGAACAGCAAAUCAACAAAAGUUCUCCUUCAAGAUGAACAACUAGAAGAGGAGUUCGAGGGUGUGUGGAGUAAGACGUUGUCCACCUUUGACUUCAGGCCUUCAGAGACGGAUGAUAUAACUGUAAGAGUCACAGAUAUUCUGAAACAGAAUUUAAUCAGGCGUGGUCUCCAGAAACACAUAAAAAAAAUCAGCCAAAAACUGACAUCUAACUUCCAGGUUUAUGAUGAGCACUUUGGAUACCGCAGCAGAUUAAAGCACAUGUUUGAGGACAACAAUAGACUACAGAGGUUAGAAGCUCAACAGCUAGCAUGCAGUGUAAGUGAAGAGUACCAUCAGUCUGUUGCAGAUAAAUCUAACUUACCGGCAGAUUUCUCUGACAGUUACAUUACAGAAAUGUUAGAAAAUGUUGAAAAAGCUUUGAAGGACAAAUCAAUGGAAAUCAAAUCAGCUUUUGAAGUGGAUCUUAAAGUGUAUCUCUGUAGCUCAGCAUGCCAAGACUUCCAAAAACUACAUGAUCGCUUUGCCAAGGACAGAGAGCUUUUGACAUUUAUCACUGCAACCAAGAAUACAUACUUGGCAAAGUUUAUCUACCAGUUCAGGAAGAGUGACCAAUGUCAGAGGGUGGCCCAAGCAUUCACCUCAAUGGUCAUCAAACCUACAGUUUUGGACUAUAUCUAUAGACCACUGGGGAAGUGUAUUGUAGAUGAAAUUCAAGGUAAAGAACAGCAGUAUCAGUCCUCACAUUCCUUCAACCGAAGCUUGCUUGAAGAGCUGAUGAAGGAAGACCGCUUUGAAAGCUUUCUUGAAUACUUGCUUUCCUAUGACAGCUUCAGACUGAGGAAGAUCCAGGAGACAGUGGUGUCUCACCUCUCUAAAUCAACCAACUUGGAAAAAUGGAGGCAACAGAGACUUGGAGAAAUCAUAGGAAAGAUUGCAGCAGCAGUGAGCGAAACAGCAGAAGGUACAAAUGGAGUGCUGAGUGAUACAAAGCCACUGCUGGAGAGAGUGUGCCUCAUUUUAGAGAGUGAUGGAGAUGUGGAUGUCACCAGGGCCUCUCUAGAUGGACCUUUCUUCAGUAUCACCACAGAAUGGGAUUGUUUGGUCACAUGUCUAAUGGAGUUAUUGGCUGCAAUGCGGUUGGAGCUUGCCAAGGAGUUCUCCCAAAAUGUGGAUAUCACUGAACUUCUUCAUUGCCUUCCAAUUCAGCCCCAACACUUCCUCUUGAACAAAGUGAGAGGCUGUGACAAGCAAUGUCCCUUCUGCAGAGCCCCCUGCGAGGCGGAGGGAAUCGGGCAUGAGGUUCAUCGUGCUCUGCUCCACAGGCCCAAAGACAUGUUGCCUUAUGACUUGUGUUCUGUGUCCAGUUGCCCUGAAAGUAUGAUCCAGGGUAACACUGCCCAGAACAAGGACACACAGAAUACAUAUGUGGCAUGCAGGGACCUCCAGUCCUUCCACCCAGACCGGAACAUAUACACUGAGGAGCUGGCGAGCCAGAUGUCCAGUGCUUACUGGAGAUAUGUCUUGGUGAGAUACAAUGAGAAGUUUGCAAAGGAAUAUAAGAAGAAGCCAGCAAAGAUUCCUGAGGAAUGGAAGAAGAUCACUGCAGAGGAGGCUUUAGACAGUCUGAAGGAAGCAUUCCUCGCUAAACAGUGCUGAUGUAAGGACUGCCCUGUGCCGUGUGCCAUCUUUAUCAAAAUCCACAAAACAUUUUGUUGAUAAAGUUCAGGUUUGAUCGUGGUUUGGGGAUUUGCUGUUCUCUACCAGUCCUCUACCAGGGCGUGUAUCUUUAUCAUAAUACAUGUCAUUUUUGUUUUAGAAUUUCAGGUUUGAUCUUGGUUAAAAUUAGUCUGACAUUUAAUAUCACAGCGGGUUCUAAUGAGAUUUAAUUUUCCUGCAGAUUGCCCUUUUAAAAUAUUCUAUCUGUAUUUAAAAUCUAUCUUUCUUGCCAACAAAGCUAAGAAAGCAAUGGAUGAUAACCCAGAAGUGCACAACAUGGGAAUGUAUUACAAGUUUUUGAAAUAUUGUAAUGGUAGCGUGUAAAAUUACAACCGUGUAUACGUCUCUGCAGCACUUUGUAACAUCAGCACACUGUAGCUCUACUCCUAUGAGCACAGAUAGGAUCAUAUAAUGUGCUUCAUCAACAUUACUGCUCUCCACUGUGGAUUUUUGCACCAACAUUUGAGUAUGAAUGAAUGAGUGUAAAUGAAGAAGAGGGAAAACUCAAAUAGUGAAAUCCACAAGAGGGCAAUGUAGGAUGGUGGAAUCUCUGAUGGCUCAAAGCUAAAGUAUAAGAACAGGGAUCAUUGGUUGGCAUCUUCAUGUUGAACCCGACUUGUUAUUCCUCACUAUAAUACAUUCAUCAAUCUUUCCAUUUACUUGUUUAUCUGUACAUCUAUACCACUUGCAGAUAGUCUCUUAUGUAAUGACUGGUUGCUUUUUAAAGCUUUGACUUCAGCAUGUAGUCACUAAAAUUUGAGCUGUUGCAUCAUGAUCCAUCAUUUCAUUCGUACCAAUGUGUUUCUUCAUUGUUAAAUAUAUUGACCAAAAGUAUGUUAGUUCAUGCACAAAAUAUUAAAUCCAUCUAAUGCUA